AUGCACUUCACCAAGGCCACCAUCGUCGCCGUUGCGGCCCUCAUGGCACAGGGCUUCGCCAUGCCCCUCGACGCCCGCAGCGAGAGCUGCACCGACGUUAUGACCCAGUGCAAGGCUCAGCCCGACCCCAACAUGGCCUCCUGCGCCAGCGAGGCCGCCGGCUGCUGCGACAAGAAGGACAACGCUUGCCGCACCGCCCCGAACGCCAACAUGGCCAGCUGCUCAGCUGAGAAAUCGAGCUGUUACGCUGCUGCCAACCUUCCCGACCCGUAUGGCUCCCAGAAGCGCGCCUCGCCUAAGGAUGCCUGCGACGAUGCCGACAACAAGUGCCGCACUGCCCCUGGCGCGAACAUGGCAAGCUGCUCGGGUGAAAAAUCGAGCUGUUAUGCUGCUGCCGGCCUUCCCGACCCGUAUGGCUCCCAGAAGCGCGGCACCCCCAAGGAUGCCUGUGACGACGCCGACAACAAGUGCCGCACCGCUCCCGGUGCGAACCAGGCUUCUUGCUCGGGUGAAAAAUCGAGCUGUUACGCUGCUGCCGGCCUCCCCGACCCGUAUGGCUCCCAGAAGCGCGGCACCCCCAAGGAUGCCUGUGACGACGCCGACAACAAGUGCCGCACCGCUCCCGGUGCGAACCAGGCUUCUUGCUCGGGUGAAAAAUCGAGCUGUUACGCUGCUGCCGGCCUCCCCGACCCCUACGGCUCCCAGAAGCGCGGCUCGGCCAAGGACGCCUGUGACGACGCCGACAACAAGUGCCGCACCGCCCCUGGUGCUAGCAUGGCUGAUUGCUCGGCUGAAAAAUCGAGCUGUUACACUGCUGCCGGUCUCCCCAACCCCUACGGCAAGCGUGCGUCCGCCAAGGAUGCUUGCGACGAGAAGGACAACAAGUGCCGCACCGCUCCUGGUGCCAGCAUGGCCGACUGCAGCGCGAGCAAGGCGAAGUGUUAUACCGACGCUGGUCUCCCCAACCCGUAUGGCAAGCGCGCCUCCCCCAAGGAUGCCUGCGAUGAUGCCGACAACAAGUGCCGCACUGCCCCUGGUGCUUCUAUGGCCGAUUGCAGUGCGAGCAAGGCGAAGUGUUACACCGACGCUGGUCUCCCCAACCCCUACGGCAAGCGCGCCUCGGCCAAGGAUACCUGUGACGAGAAGGACAACAAGUGCCGCACUGCCCCUGGUGCUUCUAUGGCCGAUUGCAGUGCGAGCAAGGCGAAGUGUUACACCGACGCCGGUCUCCCCAACCCCUACGGCAACUAA